UCUUCCUCUUUGUAUGAGAGAGAGUGAAAGAGGCAGCAGCGUGCACCGCGCUGUGGUUGGCAGUACUUCCUCACCCUGACUGCUGCAUGGAGGCUCGCAGCCGCCGCUCCUGACCCUUCAUUCUCACCCUGAGUGUCUCUGGAGACCUCUGCCGAGGACACACAUUUUGGGUCAGUGGUGCUGCUGGAGGGCACUCGGGUAGAGGACGGGCUUUGGGACUGCAUCCUCCGAACGCUCACUGAUACGCAGCCAUGUUGAAAGCGGGCGCCACCAAGGUGGGGCUGCCCAAGCCAGGACUCCAGGACCGGGGAAGGCAGGCUUCUUUAGCCUCCUCUUCAUCCACAGCCACCUCCACAGCCAUGAAGACUUCCAGAUCUUCCAACACGCUGGCCUCAGAGCAGCGGCUCAGCAGGCUGAAAAGAGCCAGCAGCGAUGACGCCCUGACCAAACCUGCGCUGGGGACUGCUGGCUCCGGGUCCCGCAUGAAGAAGACCGUGACCACUGGAGCCAUUUCAGAUCUGGCUGAGGCUCGUCCUCGUAGCAUGUCAGGUGCACAGACAGCCAAGAAGUCUGGCAUCCCGGCUCCUAGAGAAAUCCCAUCCAGCAUAACGAGAGACCGAACCUCCCUGAGGGACCAACUGAGGAGCUCCUCGACCAAGAGAAUGGUCUCCAGUGCCAGCACUUCCAGCCUGUCCACCCUGGCAAAGCAGACUCGUAAUUCAACCAAGUCACGCACAGAUGCUGAAGGUCAGGAGAAGAGCCUCCUGGAGUGCCAGGUCAAGGAGCUGCUGGCCGAGGCCAAGGCCAAAGACUUGGAGAUCAGCAAUCUCAGGAUGGAGCUGCAGCGAUGCAAGGGUAAAGCCUCCACUGCUUCCCCUUCUCCAUCGUCUGGCUCAGUUUCACGCCAGGAGUCGGUGGAUUGUGAGCAGGUGGCGGAGGCCGUUGUGCUGGUGGCAGAGCUGAGGGAGAAGAAUGGGAAGUUUCAGAGAGAGCUGGCAGACCUCAGGGAGGAGAACCAGACACUGAAGGAGAAGCUGAUCUCCUUAGAGGCCUCUCCUCUCUCGAGUACAAACACAAGCUCCCCUUCAAAGCUUUUGGUGAAUGGCGUGUCCCCAGACUCCCCCGUUCCUCAGCAGGACAGCCUUCCUUCUUCUGCUAGUCCACUCAAAACCUCUCUGUCCUCCAGCUCUGAUAUCACAAAGGAGUCGGCUUCGCCCGACUCCUCAGGAUUCGAGAAGAUCCCAUCACGCUCCGAAUCAACGAGCAGCGGCGCCAGUGGGGCGGCCUCUGGAGCGGCGGCGGGAAACGGUACUGGAGGUCAGGAUGUGUCACUGCAGAGUUUAACAGAAAAGAUCCACAAGAUGGAAGAGAGCCACCACAGUACAGCCGAGGAACUGCAGGCGACGCUUCAGGAGCUGUCCGACCAGCAGCAGGUAGUGCAAGAGCUGACGGCUGAGAACGAGCGGCUGGCUGAGGAGAAGCGCCUCCUGCAGACGUCGCUUCAGCAGCAGAGGGAGCGUGUGGAGGUGAUGGCCCAGAAGAACGAGACGCUGGCCGUCCGGCUGCAGGAGCAGGCCCAGGCUCAGGCCCAGCGGGAGGAGGAGCUGGGCGGUCAGGGGCCUCGGCUGGCCGAGCUGGAGCAGAGGUACUCCGAGCUGGUGGAGAGCUCACGCUUCGAGCGGGAGAAGCUGGUGGACAUCCAGCAGCAGCUGACGGGCAGCCUGCGGGCCCUGGAGGAGGAACACCAGGAGGCUCAGGGUCAGGUGCGCUGCCUCAGAGAGGAGAUGGACCGGCUGCAGGCCCAGUUGGACCGAGAGCUGGAGGCCGGAGGUCAGGCGGCGCAAGCUGCAGACGAGCAGAGAGCAACGGCGGAGUCUCUACGACUGGAAAACAGUCGGCUAAAGGCGCAGGUGGACAUUGAGAGACAGAAAGUGGGUGAGCUGAAGGCCAUGCAGAGCGCCAGCGACAGCACCGAGCUGCAGAGUCUGCUGAAGACGGCCCACACAGAGAGAGACAGGCUGGAGGUGGAGCUGACUGAGCUGAAGGAGGAGCUGCAGCAGGCCAAGGCCGACACUGAGCAUGUGCGAACCUCAAUGUCCAAGGUGGAGGCCAAAUGCCAGCAGGUUCAAGAGCAGGGGGAGAUGAGGGAGCAGGAGCUGAGCAGCAGGGUGACCUCUCUGGAAGAGGCCAGGACCCAGGCGGAGAACCAGGUGAAGGAGCUGAAGGAGACCAUCUUUGAGCUGGAGGACCAGGUGGAGCAGCAGAGGGCCGUCAACUGCCACACCAACCAAGCUGUGCUGGACAUGGAGAAUCUUGUCAAAAAGCUGGAGGAGCAAAAAGCUGAAUCCGAUCGACAUCUCAAAGCUUUGAACAGACAGAUAAAGGACGAGAAGGAGGAGUGGCGUCGCUUCCAGGCCGACCUGCAGACGGCCGUGGUGGUGGCCAACGACAUCAAGGUGGAGGCUCAGCAGGAGCUGCGUGCGCUCAGGAGGCAGCUGCAGGAGGAGCAGGACCGCAGCGCCAAGCUCACCGCUGACCUGGAGGCCGUGCAGGGAGUCAGGUCCCACGGCGACGAGGCGAGGGCGUCCGACUCGGAAAACGGCCGUCAGUGGUGCGGCAUCUCCAUGAUCCCGACCGCAGCCGGCGACGCCAGCGGAGACCCCGACUCGGAGCCCGGAGCUACUGUCAAAUCCCUCAUUAAGUCCUUUGAUACUGUUGGACAGAACGGACCAAACCACGUGGUUCAAAUGCCCUCCUCACUCAGGAACCCUCUGAGCGGGAUCCCGGUGCGCACGGCGCCUGCAGCCGCUGUCUCCCCCAUCCAGAGACACUCGUACAUAAAGCCACUGUCAAAGACACUGGAGAAAAGAAUUAACCACGGAGAGUUUUCUCAUCCCCACGAUAAGCUGUCGAGCCGUGGGGACGAUCUGAAGCCCAGCAGCCUCAUGAGGAAGAGCCCGUCUCUGGAGUCGGUCAUUAAAAACCCGGCGGCCCUCAGCAGUCGCACGGCGUCUUUCAGCUACAGUCGAGGCAGCAGCAGGCUGAGUGUGGAAAGAAAGGACCCCUUGGCUGCACUGGCGCGGGAGUACGGAGGAUCUAAGAGAAACGCUCUACUGAAGUGGUGCCAGAAGAAAACAGAAGGCUAUCCGAACAUCGACGUGACCAACUUCAGCAGCAGUUGGAGUGACGGCCUGGCUUUCUGUGCACUCCUGCACACGUAUCUGCCCGCUCACAUCCCCUACCAGGAACUCAUCAGUCAGGACAAGGUCCGGAAUCUGACCCUGGCUUUCCAGGCCGCCGAGAGCAUCGGCAUCAAAACCUCUCUGGACAUGGAGGAGCUGAUGAAGACGGACCGGCCGGACUGGCAGAGCGUCAUGCAGUACGUCUCCCAGAUCUACAAGUACUUCGAGACCUGAGGCGAGCGGAGCCGCAGACGAGGAUCCGAGGCACCACGGCACUUUUCCCGCCGCGUCCGUCAGCAGCGCUCUCCCCCCCCCCCUCAUCUCCCGCCGUUCGCCAGAGGAAGCAUCUGCUCUGCGAGGUGGCGGAGGACGCAGCAGUCAGGAAACGCAGAGCAGCUUUUAUCAGCUUUCAGUGUUAAAUGAGCAUUUGCUUCACAGACAGACAGAUUGCGGUGCAGAAUAUUCAAGCAUUGUAGCAGAUGGAGACUGGAAAAGUCAAGAAUCGCUUUGUUAGUUUUCUUUUUUUUUUUUUUUUAAAAAAGUUACUUUUAUCACAGUUUUUGUUUAAAUUUCGUCCUUCACUCGUUCCUGCAUCUCUCUGACUGUUCAGUGCCCCAUUUCUACAAGUCACUGCCUAAUGAUCCGUUCUGUUUGUGAAUGAAAUGCUCGGAGGAAUCCUGGCCUUUUUGGAAAUGGGCCAAAUCUUUUCUGCCAAACAACUUUUCCAGACCAUCUAUGCAUGAUGAGAGUGUGUCCUCCGUGUCUCAGUCUCCCUUCAGUUUCGCGGCCCAACUGCGGCCACAACAAAAUCCUCAAAUGUUUUUUUGGAACAACAGCUCCUUUCUUAUUUUUAUUUGGUGUGCUUGUUGCUCAGUUUCUUUUCUCUUUCGGUUUAUUGCAGAGCAGAGAGCGUUUGACAGGUUUGAGUUGAACUUUUUUUUCCACUUUAAUUGUACAAAUUCAAGAUUGUUUCAAAAAAGAUAUGAAUAAACUUUUGCCUUAUAUGUCAGUUAAAGACUGUUUAUGGUUUAAAAAAAGGUUUUAAGCAGCUACACUAUUUUUUUAAUAUAUGUAUAUAUACCAUUUUUCCAAAAGUAUUGGCUCGGCUGUCUCAUCGUCAUGAACUCUUCAAGCACCAGAUUUGAUGUACCGGUAAUGUCUGUCCACCGUUUGCAGCGUUGACAGCUUCAGCUCCUCUAAGAAGGCUUUCCUCUAGUAUUUGUGGGAGUUUUCAUCCUGUCACUGGAGCAGGCUGGAAUUGACUGAGCUCCUGAAAGUGACUCGUUCUUCAUGUGGCGGUGCUUGAUUUUCUAUUGGAACAACUGAAUUCAGUGAUUUGGAGAGCUGAGCGAAUACUUUUGGCAAUAUUGUAUAUAUGUGAGAAUGCAGAUCAUGUUAGCACCACAGUGAAACACAGAGACUCAGUCAGGUUUGAAACAUCACACACUGAAGAAUUCAGUGUCUGGAAUCUCAAACUGUCCACCAGUGUUU